CAAUAGCAGAGUGGUUAGGCGUUGCGCUUCUAUCAGCAAGUGUUGCUUUGUGAAAUUUUACCAUCGGUCCCAAUAAUCAAAAAUGGAAAAUUCUGGAAAAACUGAUGAAUGUGAGAGAAUCUCUUUUGAAGAGACAAAAGCAUCAGAAAAUUCUGAAAUAGAGUCUUCAUAUGGUAUUAAUGAAAACACAAUAGCUUCUGAGGUUGGGCCUUUAGAAAAAGCUCCUACCUUGGAGCAAGUAGGCACCUCAAAAAAUAGAAAACUGGAACUUGAAGAUGGUUUUAUAAAGGAAGGUUCCAAUUGUGGGAAAGAUAUUUCAUGCAACAAAAGAAAACUUGAUGCUGAAAUUGAUCCAGAGGACAAAGGUUUUGAAAAUGAUGGCAUUUCAAAGAAGAGGAAAAUAGAAGCUGAUGACGUUCCAACAAAUGUAUCUUCCAUUGGAGCUGGCGUUCAGCAGAAGAGAAAAAUAGAACUUGAAGAUGUUUCUGAAAAACAGAAAAGCUUAGAAGAAGGGCAUAGCUCAACGGUGGCUGCUCAUUACAAUGAACGUCAGGAAGUUUGUUUGGAGAAGCGUAGCCAAAGCCGUAUUUUUUACCUCAGAAACUUUAAUAAUUGGAUGAAAAGUGUUCUCAUUGGAGAAUUUUUAGAAAAGGUGCGACAGAAAAAGACGCGUGAUAUUACUGUUUUGGACCUGGGAUGUGGUAAAGGUGGAGAUUUGCUCAAAUGGAAAAAGGGAAGAAUUAACAAGCUAGUUUGUGCUGAUAUUGCUGAUGUUUCUGUCAAGCAGUGCCAGCAACGGUAUGAUGACAUGAAGCAUCGCUGUCGUGACAAUGAAUUUAUUUUCAAUGCAGAAUUUAUAACUGCUGAUUGUUCAAAGGAACUUUUACCCGGAAAAUUCCUUGAUUCAAAAAUGUUCUUUGACAUCUGCAGUUGUCAGUUUGUUUGUCAUUACUCAUUUGAAUCCUAUGAGCAGGCUGACACAAUGCUUAGAAAUGCUUGUGAGAGACUUAACCCUGGAGGCUAUUUUAUUGGUACCACACCAAAUAGCUUUGAGCUGAUAAAACGCCUUGAAGCUUCAGAAACAGAAUCAUUUGGAAAUGAAAUAUAUACUGUGAAAUUUCAGAAGAAAGGAGAUUACCCAUUAUUUGGAUGCAAAUAUGAUUUCAACUUGGAAGGUGUUGUGGAUGUUCCUGAAUUCUUGGUUUAUUUUCCAUUGCUAAAUGAAAUGGCAAAGAAGUACAAUAUGAAACUAGUCUACAAAAAGACAUUUUUGGAGUUUUAUGAAGAAAAAAUUAAGAAUAUUGAAAAUAAAAUAUUGCUAAAACGAAUGCAGGCACUGGAGCCGUAUCCUACAAAUGAGAAUUCCAAAUUUACCUCUCAGAAAGAGGAGGACUAUGAGCAUGCAGCAAAAUAUAUGAAAAACGGUCAUAUAAGAUUACCUUUGGGAACCUUAAGCAAAUCAGAAUGGGAAGCUACAAGUAUUUACUUGGUAUUCGCAUUUGAGAAGCAGUAGUGAGCACGUGUAAUGACAGCACAACAUCUGUAUUUCAUCUUAGAGAUUGAACAACUUUCUGUUUAUGUAUUUUAAUUAUUCUAAAUAUGCAGGAUGCUGCCAGAAUCUCCAAUGUGUGUUCAUUAGUUACUGCCUCUGAUAGGUGAACCUUUUUUGUGGGUUGGAACUUUUGCUUAAAUAAUCUGUGUCUCGGAAUCUGUUCUGAGAAUUCCAUUUGCCGCUAUUGUAAAAAUCCUACUCUAACUUGUUAAAGCAGCUGCACUCUUUGAAUUGUUCUGCCCAUGUUGGCGUUCGUAGUAAAUGUGCCAUGUUUCCAGAGUUGGUAAGGGGCAAACAAAGAUGUGUGUGCGGGCUGCUCUGUGUGAUCUUAUUAUACAGUGUUUUACAGAUGAAAUGGGUUGUGUUCUAUACUGUUGGAUAUUCAGUAUGUAUUACUGAAGUUAGAAGUUUAAAACUCAGUUUGAGACAGUCAAAAUUCUAGGCAAGUUAUUUUGCUAGAAUUUUAGCCACUUAAUUAAUUUCCGUAUAAACAGUGAUUACUUUUAUUUGCUGACGUAGUGUAAUUCCAAAAGUAGCUAGGACAUUUUAGUUGGAAGCCUAGAGCUCUUUUUGAGUUUUGGUGCUUUCUCUUAAACGAUAACAAUUAAUGCUUCUUUUUACUAAAUAUAAUUAGACCAGUUUGUUUUACUUAAUUGAAAAAACAAUAUAGUUACUUUUCUCAAGACUUAAUGAAAAUUUCUCCUAGGUAAAUCCAUUGCACAUUUUUUUCUCAACUGUCACUACAGUUCCACUUAAAAACUUGAGAAUUUUUAUAUAAGUGCAUGACCACAAAGGAAGCAGAUAGAUGGACCUCAGAUAGAUACUCACUGCUAUUAGAACGAUUACAGAUGCUGUGUGCUAAACAUCAGUACUUUGUACAGUUAGGCCUAGUUUCUAAUCAUCAUGAAAACUUUUACUUGCCAUUUCAGACUGAACAUCAUGAUCACCCUCAAUUUCUUGCUUGACUAUUCUUCCAUAGUAAUGGUACUGACAUAAACCUGGGAAAAUAGGAGCCCUUACAUUACAUUGCAAUUUGAAGAAGCUGCUAGUUUUUUGAUAUAUUGGAAAAGUUAAUACACAAAGCAAUAUGCCCUCUGCAAUUACUGCGUAUUCUUCUAAAAUGAUUAUUUAAAAUUUUUAAGAACGUUACUUUCUAUAGUUAUCUAGAGUCCUUAAGAAACACAGUCUCUUAUGUUAUAGAUGUUAAUUCUUGAUGGUAGUAGAGGAGCAAAUUUUUUAGCAAAAGAAUGAGUUUCCUAAUUGUUUUUCUGUAAUCUUUCAAUAUCCAAACUAUCACCAGUUUACAAUAUUGACUGUAAGUCUUUGGCUUUGUGAUAGUUUGCCUGAAUGUGUCAUUUGUGCAAAUAAAUAAUAGUUUAUCUGACUAUGUUGAUGGUCCUUAAGAAAGGUUUGAUAAUGAUGUUUAGGAUCUAGGAGGUUAAUCAUUAUUAUAUAUCCAGAUUCAUUUUGUAGGGGAGGUGCCCCAAAAUGUUUUUUAUUACUAUUUACUGUAUAUACUCGAGUAUCAGCCACCCCAAAUAUCAACCGGUGCACCUAAUUUUAUCACAAAAACUGCAUUAAAAAUGUGCUGAGAAACACUGCUUAUACACGAGUAUAUAUGGUAACUUUUUUUCUUUUUUCAAAUUAGGAAAAGGCUUAGAGAACAUUCUGUUUGUAUUCAACAACUUAGCAAACUUCCAAAUGACCUCCCCAGUUUCCAUAAUUUUUUUUAAUCUUCCUCUUAUUAUUAUUAUCUUCCUCUUCACCAAAAUGAACAUGUCUAUCCUCUAGCCUGACUUCCCUCUCCAUCCUUGGUAACCAUCAAAGUCUGUCGCUUUUUGGUAGAAAUCUUUUCUUGAUUUUUUUAUAAUUGUGGGCUCAUAUAUUUUUCCUUUUAUGAUUGACUAAUUAAUGAUAUUCAGUAUAAUGUCCUUCAAAUUUUCACUGUCAUGAAUAACAGCAUCAUUACUCUUCAAUGCGUAUAGUAAAUUGUUGUGUAUAUACGCCACAUUUAUUUACCCAUGCCAGAAAGGGUUCAGUAGUUUGGUAGUUUGGGUAACAUGUAUAAAAAGCUUCUGCUUUAGUAUUCCUGUUGCUCUUUUCAUUUUAUGGUCUUAAUUUCUAAGCUGGUAAUAAAAUGUUUUUUAGCCUCCUCUAAA